AUGAGAUUAACCACAAUAAAUAGUGAACCUAAAGAAGUAGUUACCGAAAAUGGAAAAGGUAAAGCACCCAUCAAAGAACCCAAAGCAGCUGCCAAAGGAAAGGCCAAGGAACCUCAAGGAAAAGAAAAUGGGCCAAUACCUAAAGUUCCACCCAAUCCAAAGUCUCCCAUUGCUAAACUUUAUCCAAAGGUGAUGACAGAAAAGAAACUUGGAAAAGUAGAAGAUGUUCCAUUCAAAGUUAACAUUGGACUUAAAGAUGUUUAUACGCCACAAGGAGAAGAUGUUAAAAUAACAAUUGAAUGUAAAACUCCGUUAGAAAACUUAAUUAUUUAUGCUGACACAGUUUCAAAAGAUCACGUCGGUCAAUGGAAAGAACAGAAUGGUUUCGCAUUAGAUCCUUCAUGUCCCGGGGACAAAUAUGGUACAUUAAUCAGUACAAAAGCGCCACCUAAAACGAUAGAAUUAUUAUGGACACCACCAUGGAUAACAGGAUAUAAUGAUAUAACAUUUAAAGCGGCCGUAUUUACAAAGACGGGAUUUUCAACUCUUACAUCGAAAGUUUAUAAAGAAUCUGGAACAAAAAUUACUGAUCCCGGGUUUGGUGCUUCUCCUGAUGAUGUUAAAGAAGAAAAGGGUAAAAUUGGAAAUGAAAGUGAAAGUGGAAACAAUGCGAAUAAUCCAUCUGAGGAUAAUCCGGUUCAAUUGUUUCCCGAAAAUGAUAAUGAGGUGGAACCACUUUUAUCUCCUACUUCAAUUUCUAAUAAUGUAAAACCAUGGUAUCAAACGGCUUCGGCAUAUUGGUUAUUACCAGUAUAUGUAUUAUUUGCAUUAACGGUUGGAUUGGGCAUAUCAACCAAGGUACAAUUUUAUUUGGCGACGGUAUGUAAUGAUUAUUAUUCAAGGAAUGGAAAUGGACUAUUACUUUCACCAAAUUCCCUAUCGCUCAAUUCAUCAUCCGAGGAUAAUCCGUGUAACAAUGCCGACAUACAAGCUGCGGCGUCCCAAUUCAUGAUGAUCCUGAAUUUAUGCACCGCCAUUCCAGCCUUCUUCACCCUUGGACCCAUUGGUUCGUUAUCCGAUAGGAGGGGACGUAGGAUAAGCUUAAUAAUAGCCAUCACCGGAUCACUUAUCAACACAUUAAACAUAAUAUUGGUCGGUUACUUUUUAGAAAGUUUGGGAUUAUAUUUCUUAAUGAUCGGAUCAUUGUUGGAUGGAUUAUGUGGUGGAUUUUAUUCUUUGUCUGCGGCAAGUUACGCAUACUCGGCGGAUUGUACUCCUCCGACGCAAAGGAGCGUGGUAUUUGGUUGGUUACAAGGAGCCAUGUUUAUAGGGAUCGCAUUAGGACCGAUGAUAGGAGGAUGGAUAGCAGAGAUCACGAAUAAUUUGCUUUCAGUAUUCUACCUAAUGUUCAUAAUAUAUUUCAUGUUGUUCUUAUUUUUCAUUUUCAUCUUACCCGAAUCUUUAACACCCGAGAGAUCAUUAGCAAAUACAAAAAAACAGGCAUCAAAAGUUACCGGUAACGCAGGGAGUUCUUUGAUCAAUCGAUUCAUCUCUUUUGUUCAAGGGAUCUUUGAACCAUUAUCAAUCUUCUUUACAUACGAAUCACAACAAGGACAAGAAAAUGAUCAUGUUGAUAAAAUACCCGUCAUCGCAUCCAAACGUUCAUUAUUAUCAUUAGUGAUCAUAAAUACUUUAUUAUCAAUUGCUAUGACUGGCAUGCAAUCUAUAUUCUUAUUAUAUACGACAUUAGUGUUCAAUUGGUCAUUAAUAGAACAAGGUUAUGUCAUGUUCAUGAUGGGUACGACAAGAGUUAUCGUACUAUUUGUUUUAUUCCCCGCUUUGGCUUCAAGGUUUAAAAAAUCUUUUCGUCAAAGAAAAUCAAUGAAGAACGAUGAUCCUGUUGGUAUCGUUGAUGAACGAAUCUUUAUUAUUGAUGAUGGUCUUCUUAAUAAAGGUGAAGAGGUACAAAUGAGAAAGGAAUUGGUAUUUGACGUUUGGAUUAUCAGGUUGUCAUUAUUUAUUGAUGCAUUCGCUUAUAUUGCUUUCGGUCUAACGACAUCUAGUUCCGUAUUUUAUGGAGCCACAGCAAUAGCAUCGUUAGGCGCGGCGUCAAUUCCAACAUUAAGGUCAUUACAAACAAAUUUAGUGGCCCCGUCAAAGAUAGGACAAUUAUUGGGUGCAAUCGGUGUAUUAGAUUCGAUCAUUCGUGUAAUUGCUCCCAUUAUAUUUAAUACUUUAUAUUCUAUAGUCGUCAAAACUUCUCCAAACUAUAUUUGGUAUAGUAUAAGUGCUUCGUUUAUCAUUGCUUGUUUAUUCACUUUUGGUGUAGGUCCACAAAAGAUAAAUACUUAA